CAUCGACCAUAUUUAUGCAAUCAGAUAGUAAAUUUAAAAUCUAUUGGGUGCAAGAAGUACAGUAAAUUUAAUGAUAUGAUACUAUUAUAAGUAAAUUUUUUCCACGAGAAAGAUUCGAUUAUACCGCCUUACUGUCUUAGUUCGAUCAUAAAAAGUCAAACUUUGAAAUGCUACUACAAUUAAGUGAUUAACCACUUCAUUCUACAAUCUACACUCUGCAGCAGCCUACUGUGCGACUCUGUUUCCUAGAAAAGCCAAACAAACACAGUUAAGUAAUUCAGAUCUCAAGCUCAAAGCUUCAAUACAGUUCAAAACUCGUGCCCUGAACUCUGCGAAUGGCGGAUCCUAAUACAGACCCAUAUGGCUGUAUAGGAUUCGCUCCGAAUCCUGACGGCUCAAUUACUCGAGUAGUCGAAGCACCAAGGACUCCGGCCGGCAGCAAUCCUUUUCACCUCUCCAAAGACCUUCCGAUUAACCAAUCCAAAGGCACUUUCGCUCGAAUUUUCGUACCCCGUCAAGCAUUCGAUUCCCCCGCAACAAGAAAGCUGCCUCUAAUUAUAUAUUUUCACGGUGGAGGAUUCGUUGUCUCCGCCGUCGAUUCGUCUUGCUAUGACAGCUUACACACCACAAUAGCAGCUGGAAUCCCGGCGGUGGUUAUCUCAAUCGAGUACCGCCGGGCGCCGGAGCACCGUCUUCCGGCGGCCUACGACGACGGUGAGGAGGGUUUGCGCUGGGUGAAAUCUUGCCAGGACGAAUGGGUGACAAAAUACGCCGAUCCUACCAACUCUUUCCUGAUGGGAACCAGUGCCGGCGGCAACCUCGUCUACCACGUCGGACUCCGUGCUGCGGCGGCGGCGGCGGCGGAAUGCGGUGAUGAUCUCAAGCCACUCCAGAUCAAAGGGCUGAUUUUACAUCAUCCCUUUUUUGGUGGGACCAAUAGGAGCGGGUCGGAGUUGAGACUGGUCAACGAUAAGGUGAUUCCACUCUGUGUCAGCGAUCUGAUGUGGAAACUGUGUCUGCCAAUUGGCGUUGACCGUGAUCAUGAGUACUGCAAUCCAACGGCGGGGAUUGAACCAGGACAUUUCGACGCCAUCAGAGCCGUGGGAUGGAAGAUAUUGAUCACCGGUUAUCACGGUGACCCGUUGGUGGACCGGCAGAUUGAGCUGGCGGAGAAGCUGGAGGAGAACGGCGUAGCCGUGACCGGAAAAUUUGAGGAGGGUGGAUGUCAUGCCUGUGAUCUUUCUGAUCCAUUAAGAGCUUCAGUACUGUUAUCGUACCUGAAAGAAUUCGUAGAAUCUGCCAUUAAUUCCUGAAAUUUUGGACUGAUUUUAUCAUUAUUCUGUUGUUUUUAUAGUACGUACUUUUUGAACUUUUCUUGUACCAAUAUUAUUAACUUAUCAAGUUAUACGUUUUUGAUAUGCGAAGUGGAACUGCACAAAGUUCUGGUUGUACACAUAACUUCUUUUUCUUUUCUUUUUUUUUCUUAUCAAGUUUUACUUUCUUUCUU